UGGAACCAGGGGCAGGACUUGUGUCCAAAUCGGAGUAGAGGAAAUCAAAGCACCGGGGGACAGGGAGUCAGCGGGCACACAGGCAGGCCGUACCCACAGUUACCUCCAUCGUCUCAAAGCUUUCUCCUCGGUCACAAUGAUCAAGUGCGCGCAGGGGGUGUUGUAUCUCUCGGUUCUGGUGACGUUCGCCGCCUGCAACGCUCCUCCGGUACCGUUAGACGACAUCCUCAUUGAGAAAACCUCCGUGCCAGAGCAGUGUGUGCGCGCGGUCAAAGUGGGAGAUUUUGUCAGGUAUCACUACAUCGGCACGUUUCCAGACGGCAACAAGUUCGACUCCAGUUAUGACCGUGGCAGCACGUACAAUGUCUUUGUUGGCAAGAAGCAGCUGAUUGAAGGGAUGGACAAAGCUCUCGUGGGAAUGUGUGUCAACGAGAGAAGACUGGUGAAGAUCCCACCUCAACUCGCCUACGGAAAACAAGGCUACGGUGACAUUAUCCCUCCUGACUCCAUCCUCCACUUUGACGUCCUGCUCCUCGAUGUGUGGAGCCCCGAGGAUGGCGUCCAGACAAACACUUACCACACGCCCUCCGUCUGCUCCAGAAAGGUGGAAGUGUCUGACUACGUCCGUUACCACUAUAACGGCACCCUGCUGGACGGGACCCUCUUUGAUUCCAGCCACACCCGCAUGAGGACCUAUGACACUUACGUCGGGAUUGGCUGGCUGAUCGCCGGUAUGGAUCAGGGUCUUCUGGGAAUGUGUGUUGGAGAGAGGCGCAUCAUCACUAUGCCCCCAUCGCUUGGGUAUGGAGAGAAUGGAGAUGGCAGUGACAUCCCAGGACAGGCUUCCCUGGUGUUUGAUGUUGUCCUGUUGGACCUCCACAAUCCCAGAGAUGGGAUCACAGUGACUAACCAAGUGGUGCCCGAGUUCUGCACGAGGAAGACCGUUUCUGGAGACUUUGUGCGCUACCACUACAACGGCAGCCUUCUGGAUGGGUCAUUUUUCGAUUCUAGCUACUCUCGUAAUCGUACCUACGACACAUACGUGGGUCGAGGCUACGUGAUCGCCGGCAUGGAUGAGGGCCUGAUCGGAGUCUGCAUUGGGGAGAGACGCACCAUCACCAUCCCCCCGCAUCUCGGUUACGGAGAGGAGGGCACAGGCACAAAGAUCCCAGGCUCAGCAGUGCUGGUGUUCGACGUCCACAUCAUCGACUUCCACAACCCCUCGGACAACACUGAGAUCACCGUCACUUUCAAGCCAGACGAGUGUGACAGGCAAACUAAGAAGGGAGACUUUGUUAAAUACCACUACAAUGCCUCUCUGAUGGACGGCACAUCCAUCGACUCCACGUAUAAUUAUGGAAAGACAUACAACAUAGUCCUGGGAGCAAACCAGGUGGUCCCGGGGAUGGAGGAUGGACUCAUGGACAUGUGUGUGGGAGAGAGAAGACACCUUGUUAUUCCUCCUCAUCUGGGCUAUGGGGAGAGGGGAGUCACUGGUGAGGUUCCAGGCAGUGCCGUGCUGGUGUUUGACAUCGAGCUGGUUGACAUGGAGGAAGGACUUCCUGAAGGCUACAUGUUCAUCUGGAACGACGAGGUGUCUCCAGACCUCUUCUCUGAGAUGGACAAAAACAGCGACAAAGAGGUGGAGCCCUCUGAGUUCACAGACUACAUCAUGCGGCAGGUGACCGAGGGUAAAGGUCGCCUGGCUCCUGGCUUUGAUCCUUACCGCAUCAUUGACAACAUGUUCUCCAACCAGGACCGCAACGGUGACGGAAAGAUCACAGAGGCAGAGUUCAAACUUAAAGCCGAUGAGGCUGCUGCCCACGACGAGCUAUGACGUGCUUUAUAGCGCGAGGGUAUAAGGCAAAGGGUCAGAUAGUUGGGGAAAUGGGGACUGAUAGUAAAUUUGUGGGUGGUAGAGUAGCUGCAGAUGGGUUUGUAUGUGUAAAGUGUGGAGGGGGAAAUGGGCUGACAGAAAUUUUGUGGACUUAGAUGAUAGAGUUACAGGACAUCUCGUCCAUGAAGUGCCAAUUGAGUCUGAGAAGAAAUAACGAGUAUGUAGGAUUUAGAAAAAAAUUUGAGGACUACAAUGGAAAUGAAUGAAUUUUUUAACCUCCUUUCUCAUCAAAGGGUAUAAAAGCACUUCUGUGAGAGAGAACAAACAAGUGCCUAGCUCCACUUCGUCUAGAUUAAAAACUCUUUUGACUUUACAGACUUUUAUUUUCUUAUUUUCUACUCACUGUUUGUCCAGACUGUCUUGACAGGAGCACCGAGUUAUUCGUAAUUAACUGUGAUACACUGUGAUGGAAGAAAGGUUCUUACUCAGAGCUGCCGCUGUUUUUAAAAGUGAAAAAUAAUAGGGUUUUAUUUCCUUUAUUUACAUUCAACACCUACCACUGUUUCACUUUUAAAUGUCAGCCCACCUUCUGUGUUUUCAGCCGUUAAAAUCAUCCAGUCACCCUCCAGCUGUCAGGUCUGAAACCUCCAUUGCUUCACUCGUUUUUGGUCUACUGUUUGUUCCUUCGCUUGUUUCGGUCUUCUCUGGAUGUCUGGUGCGGAAUUUGUGUGCAAGUGUGUGCGUGUGUGUGCAAGAGUGAGACAGAGCUAUGCAAAUAGAGGUUUUUUUUCUAUUACUUUUACAUUCAGGAGAACACUAAGGCUUGAUGUCGCCUGUAUCAGCUGAAAAUUUCAAUCGAUUAAAUGAC